UGCAGGUGCUGACUGCUAUUUUCUCUAUUUUAUUAGCUUAUAAAGCUACCAGACAACAUCUCUUCUGAGUCUUCCUCCCCCCCCUGCCUUAUAAGUUUUUCAUUCAAACGCGCUAUUAUUGCACUUGUGUCUCAGUUAAUUACUAUUUGGCUCCUACUCCCCUGUCAUUGCUCUUUAACUAUAAACUCACCAUCCCCAUUUUCAUUCUCGUUCCAAUUUCAUUCUUCUUUUUCUCUUCAUCGUCUGCAAGUCCUUUGUUUCUCCAAAUUCCCAUUUGAUCCCUUAACGAUUUAGUGCUGAAAUUGAGGUGGGAGGUUAGAUAAAUCAUUGAGAAGAAAGAGCUUGGACAGAAAAAUGAUGCACAGGUGCUGUAGCUCUCAGGGAAACAUCGUGGGACCGUGUUCAUGUGGCUUGUUUCACAGCCAAAACAACUCCUCGAUGCUUUUUUCCAUGCCCAACCACAUAUCUUACGACGAAACGGAUGUGUACAACUCUUUCACGUCCUAUUCGUCUUCUUCGGUUGAUUGCACACUCUCCUUGGGAACACCUUCCACUCGUCUCUGUGAAGAUGAUGAUAGGCGUUCACGCCAUGACCGCCGCUCUGGUAAUUCUUGCGUGUCUAACUUCUGCUGGGACUUGUUGCAAAACAAGAACGCGCAUGGUUAUUCGCAGCAGACGACGAAAGCUAGCCGUGGAAGCAAUGGGAAAAGCGGUAGCAGCUCCGGUAAUGAUUCUCUCCUUGCUCGUCGUUGUGCUAACUGCGACACAACUUCUACACCGCUUUGGAGGAAUGGUCCAAGAGGUCCAAAGUCACUUUGCAAUGCCUGUGGAAUUCGAUUCAAAAAGGAAGAAAGGAGAGCAUCAGCAGCAAAUGCAAACGCUUCAAUCGCGGAGCAGCAAUAUCACGGCUACGACAACAGCAACAGCAAUUCGUGGGAUUCAAUGCAAUGCUUCUCGUCGCCCGUCAAUGAAAUCAAUUUCAUCGAAGAUGGCGAUCCUUAUCUUUCUUGGAGUCUAAACGUCACCGAUAUGCCAACAAGCCUUGUUCAUGACUUUACGAGAUGAAAAACAAAACAAAAGGAAAAGGAAAGAAACCCACCACGCCAUUGACGGUCAAGAUCAUGCAACAAUGGCCGAAGCGUAUUGCAAUGAUGACGUUGGUGGAGAUUUUGUUUUACGACUUCGUUGAUAGUGAUAUGGUCUUUCGUUUCGUCUAGUCAAAAUUCCCUCUUCCUUUUUUUUAGUUUGUUUGCCUCGUUUGUCUUCCAUAGAUGGAGUAAGAACGGGACAAUUCUAUGUUCUUAGGUGCUUUUUUUGAAGUUUUAUUUUAACUUUACUUUCUUCCACUUUCAG